AUGAAGAAAGGUCUUUUCAAGCCAAAGCCUCGAACACCAGUGGACCUGGUGCGCCAUGCCCGGGAACUUCUUAUAUUUGUCGACACCAAAACAGAGAUUCGCGAAAAUAAGCGUGAAGAGAAGCUUUCAGACCUAAGCAAAACCAUACUGGAGAUAAGGACUGUUCUUUAUGGAAAUGGUGAAUCAGAGCCAAAUCCUGAUGCAUGUUCUCAGGUGACUCAGGAGUUUUUUAGAGAGGACACAUUUCGCCUUCUUAUCAUCUCUCUUCCAAAUCUGAAACUUGGGGCCCGUCAAGAUGCAACUCAUGUGAAUGCAAACUUGCAAAGGCAGCGAGUUAAUUCAAAAAUAAUUGCUUCUCAGUACCUGGAGAAUAAUUUAGAUCUUGUGGAUAUUAUGAUACAUGGUUAUGAAGAAGACGGUGACAUUGCUUUGACGUAUGGUGCUGUUGCAAGAGAGUGCAUACGCCACCAAUGCGUGGCAAGGCAUGUCUUGGAAUCAGAGUACAUGAAGAAGUUUUUCGACUAUAUUCAAGCACCAAAUUUUGAAAAAGCAUCAGAUGCGGGUGCUACUUUUAAAGAGCUAUUAACAAGGCAUAAAUCUACAGUCGCUGACUUUCUUUCUAAAAAUUAUGACUGGUUCUUCCAAGAGUACAACUCUCAGCUGCUUGAAUCUACCAGUUAUUUCACUAGACGACACGCUAUCAAGUUAUUAGGUGAUAUGUUAUUGGAUCGCUCGAAUUCUGCUGUGAUGGUUCGGUAUGUGAGCUCAUUGGAUAACUUGAGGAUCCUCAUGAAUCUCCUAAGAGAUUCAAAUAAGACAAUUCAGUUGGAAACCUUCCACGUUUUCAAGCUAUUUGUUGCAAAUCAACAUAAGCCUCCUGAGGUUGUGGGCAUACUUGUUACAAACAAGCAUAAGCUUUUGCAAUUUUUUGCUGACUUCAAUAGCGACAAAGCGGACGAGCAAUUUCAAGCAGAUAAACAACAAGUAAUUAGCGAGAUAAUCACUCUUGAACACAAGGAUCGUCCAUGCACAUCUUUGGACAAUUGUGAAGUUCCAUGUUGAAUACUACGUGCCCCAAUUCUUAGUUAUCUUCCACUUUUCUUUUGCUAUAUGUGCAGUCUCAUUGGCUCCUGAUUUUUAUUCUUUGGUACAUGUCAUCAUAUCUAUUGGGAAGAAUUAAAUACAACUCUUCAAUGUAAAUAGAAGAAACAACAGUU